CCCCCAUCAUUCCUUGUCUCCCCCACUAGACUGCUCUGUGAGGGCAGGGAUUUUGUGCAAUGUUGUAUCCCCAACACCUGAUACCGUGAAUAAACUUCUGUAGAUUAAAUAUGAAAGAAAGUUUCCCUCUCAUUCCCCUCUUGCCAGGGUCCUGUCCCCAAGCCAGGAGGUUAGGCCUUAGCGUGGUCAUGGGUGAGGACACUCUGUCUCUCUGGCUAUUCUGGCACUGAUUGCCACCCCAAAUGGGUGUUACCUGUCUCCUUCCUCUUGGCCAAUUUCUCUUCCACCAAUAUAAGCCCCAGCUGGAGGCUGGUGGGCAGUCAUGCAUUUUAUGGCCGGUUCUGCAGGUAGUCGCAGUAUGGGGCCCCUGGGCCUUCACAGCACCCCCCAAGCCCUUUGCCUGGUCCUUUCAAUAGCGCUGGUCAUGAUGAGCUUGGUGUUUGGUAACUUUGAUCCUGAACCCCCUCAUCCAGUUCAGCUCCCCAAAUACCUGCGCUGCUAUCGAUGCCUCUUGGAGACCAAGGAGUUGGGAUGCCUUCUUGGAUCUGACAUCUGCCUCGCCCCCCCUGGCAGCAGCUGCAUGACUCUCCUCAUAAAGAACAACAGUGGCCCUGACAUCAUGGUGAGUGACUGCCGCCGUAAGGAGCAGAUGAGUGAUUGUUCAUAUACCCGCUCUUCUCCAGUGUUUGGCUUCUGGAUAUUUUCUCGAUGCUGCUUCCGGGAGUUCUGCAAUAAUCCCCAGAACAGAGUCUUCUAUAUUCCUUAG